GCUUAAACGACGACCUCCAGCGCGGCGUCGUCCCCCUCUCUCUCUCUUUCUUUUUUCUCCUUUUCUCCCCCUUUUCUCCCCCCGGCGUCCCAGCAGGCUCGCAAGUUGUCGGCCAUGGCGAUCGCCUCGUCCUCCGACAUUAUCGUCCUCGCCCUCGGCGUGGUCCUCGCGGCCGCGUAUCUCUUCCGUGACCAGCUGUUUGCUGCCUCCAAGCCCAAGUCCGUCCCGGUAUCCUCGUCAAAGGCCAGCAAUGGUGGAGGCAACCCGCGCGACUUUGUCGCAAAGAUGAAGGAAGGCAAAAAACGCAUCGUCAUCUUCUACGGCUCGCAGACCGGUACCGCGGAGGAGUACGCCAUCCGUCUCGCGAAGGAGGCCAAGCAGAAGUUCGGCCUCGCGUCGCUCGUGUGUGACCCCGAGGAGUACGACUUUGAGAACCUCGACCAGCUCCCGGAGGACUCCUGCGUGUUCUUCGUCAUGGCCACGUACGGCGAGGGCGAGCCCACGGAUAACGCGGUGACGCUUUGCCAGAACCUCUCCGACGACAGCUUCGAGUUCUCGAACGGCGAGCACAAGCUUCCGGGCCUGAAGUACGUCAUAUUCGGUCUCGGGAACAAGACUUAUGAGCACUACAACCUUAUCGGCCGGAACGUGGACUCGGACCUCGCGAAGAUGGGUGGUAUUCGCAUCGGUGAGCGCGGCGAGGGUGAUGACGACAAGAGCAUGGAAGAGGACUACCUCGAGUGGAAGGACGGCAUGUGGGAGGAGUUCGGUCGCGUCAUGGGCGUCGAGGAAGGCCAGGGUGGAGACUCCCCCGACUUCGCCGUCACGGAAGUUUCUGAACACCCCCAGGAGAAGGUCUACCUCGGCGAGCUGUCCGCCCGUGCUCUCACUCGGUCGAAGGGCAUUCACGACGCGAAGAACCCGUACCCCGCCCCGAUCACUGUCGCCCGCGAGCUCUUCGCGGAGGGAUCCGACCGCAACUGCAUUCACGUCGAACUCAACACCGAGAACUCUGGCAUCACUUACCAGCAUGGCGAUCACGUCGGUGUCUGGCCUUCGAACGCAGAAGUUGAGGUUGAGCGUCUGCUGUGUGCCCUGGGUCUCCACGGCAAGAAGGACGCUGUCAUCAACAUCGAAUCCCUCGACCCGGCACUCGCCAAGGUUCCUUUCCCCGUCCCGACCACCUACGUCACGGUUCUUCGCCACUACAUCGAUAUCAGCGCUGUCGCUGGUCGUCAGAUCCUUGGCGUCCUCUCCAAGUUCGCCCCCACGCCUGAGGCGGAGGCGUUCCUGAAGAACCUGAACACGAACAAGGAGGAGUACAACACUGUUGUCCACAACGGUUGCCUGAAGCUCGGCGAGGUGCUCCAGCUCGCUGCGAGCAACGACCUCCACGGAGUGCCCACUCCGGAGAAUACCACUUCUUGGAAGAUACCAUUUGACAUCAUCGUUUCAUCUAUCCCCCGUCUCCAGCCGCGGUACUACUCGAUCUCGUCCAGCCCGAAGCUCCACCCUCACUCUAUCCACGUCACUUGCGUCGUGCUCAAGUACGAGUCCGUCGAGAACCACCAGGUUAAGGCGCGCUGGGUGUACGGUGUCGGCUCUAACUUCCUGCUUAACCUCAAGUUCGCCGCGGAGGGUGUUGAGGCGCCCAUGAUCGACACCGCAGACGAGCCCGCCAAGGUCAAGUACCCGAAGUACGCGAUCGAGGGCCCCCGUGGCGCAUACAAGCAGGAAACUAUCUAUAAGGUCCCUAUUCAUGUCCGUCGCUCGACCUUCCGGUUGCCUACGAACCCGAAGAGCCCUGUCAUCAUGGUUGGCCCCGGUACCGGUGUCGCACCUUUCCGCGGAUUCGUCCAGGAGCGUGUCGCGAUGGCGCGCCGCACGAUCGAGAAGAACGGUCCCGAGGGUUUGGCGGACUGGGGCAGCAUCCGUCUCUACUACGGCUGCCGCUCAUCGACAUCGGACUUCCUGUACAAGGACGAGUGGCCGGCGUACGCGGAGGAGCUGCACGGGAAGUUCACGCUGCGGUGCGCGUUCUCGCGCGAGACGUUCCGCCCAGACGGGAGCAAGAUCUACGUGCAGGACCUGCUGUGGGAGGACCGCGAGACGGUCGCGGACGCGAUCCUGAACGGGAAGGGGUACGUGUACAUCUGCGGUGACGCGCGCAACAUGAGCAAGGCGGUCGAGGAGACGCUGUGCCGCGUGCUCGGCGAGGCGAAGGGCGGGAGCGCGGAGGUCGAGGGCGCGGCGGAGGUGAAGCUGCUCAAGGAGCGGAGCAGGUUCUUGACGGAUGUCUGGAGCUAGGCGCUCCGCGGGUCUGUUUGUCUGUUUUUGCUGUGUGGUCCCCCCUCUCAGAUCUGUUUCCGCUAUACUCUCAUACUCUAUGGAUGUUCGUCGAGCUCUCUGGCAUUAGAUUAAAGCUUGGCUCGGGCUGUGUACAUCGCGGAAUAGAUGUAGUAUACGUUCACCCCUUGGGUUUUGGCGUGUGAGGCACGUACAUAAUAUUUAUCGUCUUGCAUG